UGAGGUAUACUUUGGUUAGCCUUGAGACCAAAAAGAUGGGUUUGAUUUGGAUGAUUAUCAUUACCAUUCAUGUGCUUGUUGUUCCACUUGUGUUUUGGCAAUGGCUGCAGAGGAAUAACAACAAAACCAAGAAGUUACUGCCUCCUGGUCCAAAAGGGUUCCCCAUUUUUGGUAGCCUUCAUUUGUUAGGGAAGCUUCCUCACAGAGAUCUUCACCAGUUAUCUCAAAAAUAUGGACCCAUAAUGCACAUCAAACUAGGCCUUGUGAACACCAUUGUUGUGUCUUCCCCUAAAGCCGCAGAGCUGUUUCUGAAAACCCAUGAUCUUGAUUUUGCAAAUCGCCCUCCUAAUGAAGUUUUCAAGCACAUAUAUUUUGGCCAAAACAGCAUUGCGGUUUCUGACUAUGGGCCUUAUUUACGCAAUAUGCGCAAAAUUCACACUUUGGAGUUGCUUAGCAGCCACAAACUCGAUUCUUUCAAGCCCAUGAGAAGGGAAGAAGUCGGGUUGUUGAUCGAGGAGCUUCGUGGGGCUGCAAGAAGAGGCGUCGUUGUAAAUCUUACUUCCAAGGUCUCUUCUCUCAUUGCAAACAUGAUAUGUUUGAUGAUCUUUGGUAGGAAGUUUGAAGAUGAUAAAGAACUUGAUCAUGAAAUGGGUUUUAAGUGGAUCGUACAAGAAGCCUUCAAAUUGUUUGGAGCUUUUAACUUGGGGGACUUCAUUCCUUUUAUUGCACCUCUUGAUCUUCAAGGAUUGAUCCGUCGGGCAAAAUCUGUUCAUCAAGUAUUUGAUAGGUUUCUUGAAAGGAUCAUAGAUGAACAUCUUCAAUCCAACAAUAUUAAUGUUACCGAAGAUGUGGUAGAUAUCAUGUUGGACAUCAUGGGAUCUCGACAAACCGACUACCAAAUUGAUCGAUCCACCAUUAAAACCAUCAUACUUGAUCUGCUUCUUGCAGGAACGAACACUUCAGUGACCUCCAUCGGAUGGGCACUAGCUGAGCUCAUUAGACAUCCAGAAGUAAUGAAGAAAGUGCAAGAAGAAUUAGAAGAAGUUGUGGGUUUGAAUAGAAUGGUGCAAGAAUCAGAUUUGGCUCACUUGAAAUACUUAGAAAUGGUAGUGAAAGAGGUUUUUAGACUGCAUCCCCCAGCUCCAUUGUUCCUUCCACAUCAAGCCCUCAAAGAUUGCACAGUAAAUAACUUUCAUAUUCCUAAAUGGUCACGUAUCAUAGUGAAUGCAUGGACAAUUGGACGAGACCCAAGUGUUUGGAAGGAUGAACAAAAGUUCUUUCCAGAAAGAUUUAUCGGUAGUCAAGUAGACGUAAGAGGACGAGAUUUUGAACUACUACCAUUUGGAUCUGGAAGAAGAGGUUGUGUUGGGUUACAAAUGGGUUUACUCAUGGUUCACUUUGUGUUAGCUCAGCUUCUGCAUUGUUUUCAUUUGAAGCUUCCAAAUGGUAUGUUGCCUGUUGAUUUGGAUAUGACAGAAGAAUUUGGUUUAACUUGUCCUUUAGUUCAUGAUCUCAUGGUUACUCCUAUUUACCGCUUACAGGAAUAAUACCAUUAGUAUUAAAAAUAUAUAUAUACUUAGGAAGAUAAAUUCUUAGUGUGAAUAAAGAGAGUAUGAUGGUCAUACUUUCGAAGUAUUAGAAAUAUUCUAAAUGAAGUAUGAGAUUAGUCAUCUGUGGUGGAACUUACCUUAGCCAAUCAGACUUAAUUAUAUGCAAGGAAGCCUCCACAUGUAUCAUUUGAUUACUAU